CUCUCUCUCUCUCUCUCUCUCUCUCUCUUUCUCUCUCUCUCUCUCCGUUUGCUCUCUUAUAUCAAUGUAUUGGUUCCCUUACUCCUCUCUUUGAAGAAAGAGACAAUGAGAUACAUGAGAGCAAACAGCUUGAAGCGGCUCUUCUCUGUGAAAAGGCGCGGUUUUGAUGCAGAGAGUCCCAGCCCAAGUAGCGUGAACGAACAAGACAGCAAAAGCACCUCCAAGAUUGCUUCGGAAACAGAGCCUUUUCAGAGACCCACUUGGAAAUGCUUCUCUUUUGAUGAGAUUGUGCAAGCCACACAGGGUUUCAGCUCAGAGAAUCUGGUUGGGAAAGGAGGGUAUGCAGAGGUUUACAGAGGAAUGCUGGAAGACGGGGAAGAAAUAGCAGUGAAGAGGCUGACCAGAGGCUCUAGCGAAGAGAGAAAAGUGAAGGAGUUCUUGACAGAGAUUGGCACAAUUGGCCAUGUUUGUCACCCAAAUGUGUUGUCGCUGCUGGGUUGUUGCAUCGACAACGGUCUCUACCUCAUUUUCCAGUUCUCUUCAAGAGGCUCUGUUGCCUCUCUUCUUCAUGAUGAGGAUUUGCCCACAAUUGAGUGGAAAACCAGAUACAGGAUUGCUCUCGGCACGGCCAAGGGUCUCCAUUAUUUGCACAAAGAUUGUCAGAGAAGGAUAAUUCACCGAGACAUCAAGUCCUCAAACAUUCUAUUAACUGCAGAUUUUGAGCCACUGAUUUCUGAUUUUGGGCUUGCAAAAUGGCUACCAUCUCAGUGGUCUCAUCAUUCAAUUGCUCCAAUUGAAGGCACAUUUGGACACUUAGCACCAGAGUACUUCAUGCAUGGAAUAGUGGAUGAGAAGACAGAUGUGUUUGCUUUUGGAGUUUUUCUACUGGAACUUUUUUCUGGCAGGAAACCUGUUGAUGGGUCUCACCAAAGCUUACAUAGCUGGGCCAGGCCAAUACUGAAUCAAGGGGAGAUUGAGAAGCUGGUGGAUCCAAGGCUUGGAGGGGCCUACGAUGUUUCACAGAUGAAAAGACUUGCAUUUGCAGCAUCGUUGUGCAUCCGGUCUUCCUCCAUGUGGCGCCCUACUAUGAACGAGGUUUUAGAGGUGAUUGUUGAAGAGAAACUGGACGAAGAGAGGUGGAACAUGCCGAAGGAAGAAGAAGAAGAUCAAGAGGAGUUCUGGGGUUUUGAGGACUUGGAAUGUGAGCAGGAAUAUGAAUCCAGUUCCAUCUCUGGUUCACCUCAGGACUCUAUGUCAACUGGGAGUUCUUAGAAUUUGCAGGUUUCUUAAUUAGGUAAAAGAUGAGAAUACAACUGGAAUUUCCUGUUCCUGCUAUGGUGUACAUAUUAUGAAUUUGCACAGAAAAAAAAAGA